AUGUCUUCUCCACCAGGUAUCAAAACCUACACUUCAGCGCCUGUGAACUCCAACAAGCAGGAAGAAGGCACGCACACAGCGACCUCGCAACCUGAACCCGCCACCGCAAUCGAGUCACCAGCAAGCGCACCCUCACAACCUCCACAAGCACCUGCAACAACAACAGCAACAGCAACAGCCACAGCUCCCUCAGACCCUCCAAUCGACACAGCCGCCGAGCCCAGCUCCUCGCCACCACCAGCACCCCAGCCAGGCGCCGCAGUGCAACCAACCCCAACAGCAACAGCAACAGCAACAGCAACAGCCGCCCCCGAACAACCACCACCAACAACCUCCUUCCCCGAGACAGCAACAUCCACAACCCAGACCCCACCCGCACCCCAGCCCGGCGCCCUCCCAUCACCACCAACAGCAUCCACAGAAACAACAGUAUCGCCCAAGUCCUCUCCAAUCCCCCCACCCCCCAAAGCCGGCGAAACCAUCUCUCAACCUCCACCACAAGCAGCCCAGCCAACCCAGCAAAGCUACGCGCAAUCCUACUCCUACAAUGCGCCCAGCCUAGGUCCGCAGACUACACUGCCGAACUCGACCUCCUCGCCUUACUCAUCUGUAUACCAGAGCCAGGCGGGACCGCACGCUCGUCACCAGUCACAGGCGCAGACUCUGCCGAUGCACUACGGUGCCAGUGCUGAGACGGGGUCUGGUGGUGGGGCGAGUAGUAUCUUCCCUGAAGAGGAGGAGGGGUUUAUGGGUGCGGCGAAGGGGUGGAUGCGUUGGUCUGGGAAUAAGUUGGCGGAGGUUGAGAAGGGGCUUUGGAAGAAGAUUAAUGAUGUUCAUGAUUAG